AUUCCACCAUUCAUAGUCGCCCAUCGCAGGUUGGCACGUGGUUACUUCAAUACAGGUUGGAGCUCGAGUGUACACGCGCAGGAUAAAUCGUUUGUCUUGCGCCUCAGUAACAUGUCGCGUGACAAAAGAUCAAGGUGACUGAAACUUUCGUGUGGAAGAGUGGCAUGGAGAGCUGCAAGGAACAGGAGCAGUCGGUGAUGCACAGCGAUGUGGCUGUGAUGUCCCCCUCCCAAAGCCAUGGCAGUCAGGCUACCCCCCACACCCCAAGUGAGAGAGAGCCAAGCUGUCAUCACAGCAUGGAGAAUGGUGGAACUGGAGCCCGGUUCCACAGUGUGCCUCCACCCAACCCUCAGCCCACACUUUCCCAGUUCCCCUCCGGCCCCUUUGCCGACUUCUCCUUCCUGCAGUCCAGCCCUUUCCAGUUCCCUUUAGAUCCCAUUCCCAGUGUGGGAACCAGGUAUCCUGUUGGCAACACUGGUGCCUCUUGGACAUCUGAGAAGGCGGGCCACUUCAGCAUGAUGUCAGCAGAGCUGUGUGGUGCCAUAGCCAGCAUUAUUCCAGACAGUGAAGAGGAGAAUUCACUGGAGAAGGGCUUCCUCAGACAGGACCAUCUCCCUGAGCAGAGACCCCUGAGCAGGGCAGACCUGUGUCCACCUGCAUCAAUGACUGUGUUUCUGAAGCCCCUUGACCCACCAGAGGAGGGUAUGGUAGUGCCAGGAGCCACUGCAUGCCAGGUCCUCAGGAGCAUCGACAGCGGGCAGCAGAUGGUUCACUGUGAACCCCCUAAUUACAUGCGGUCCAGCUCUGAACCCCGGUUUCAGGGGGAUGUCUCUGAGUUUGGCACCCCUUUCCAGAAAGUGAAUGCGAUCCAAAUGGGCAAAGUGGUGCCCUCCAGUGUUCCAGGACUGUGCCCCGUGCUCCCCCAGCCUUACCUGGCCCCGCCCAGCCUCCCCCUCAUCCGGCCAACAACCACCUUACUCGUCCCACCCACCUCCCUCAACUCCCUCAGCUCCCUCAACUCCGGCUACAACUUCCUGUCUGGGCCGUGCUUCUCUCAGUUCCACCAGACACCCUGUCCUGUGUAUCCUGACAGCCAGCCUAAAAUGUCCCCCGUUCGGUUCUCUGCCACAUACUGGGAUGCAAAGUCAAGGAAGCCCUGCAGCUGUACUAAAUCUCAGUGUCUAAAGCUGUACUGUGACUGCUUUGCUAAUGGUGACAUCUGCAGCAACUGCAAAUGCAUCAACUGCUACAACAACACUGAGCAUGAGUACGAGAGGUAUCAGGCUAUUAAGAUUUGCCUGGACAGGAAUCCAGAAGCGUUUCGGCCAAAGAUCGGCAACGGGAAGAGGGGCGAAAUUAAAGGGCGCCACAACAAGGGCUGCAACUGCAAGCGCUCAGGGUGCCUGAAGAACUACUGCGAGUGCUACGAGGCGAAGAUCAUGUGCUCCUCUAUCUGCAAGUGUGUGAGCUGCAGGAACUAUGACGAGAGUCCUGAGCGGCAGACCGUGGUGUCUGCCGGCAGCAUGGAUCUCCCAGACCCCGGCUUUUACCCCAUAGCCAAAUGCCAGAAGAAGUGUCCUCUGGCUUGUCUCACGCUCAGAGUUGUAGAAACAACAUGUGUCUGUCUUCUGGCUCAAGCUGAGGAGGCCGAAAAGGAGGGCCACACCGAGGCUCAAGCUGAGAGAAUGAUUUUGGAGGAGUUUGGCCAGUGCCUGACGCAGAUCGUCCAGUCAAUAUUCAAAUCCGGGAGCUAGCAAGCCUAGCCUCAUUCAAGGCAAAACAACUGGUCUCUUGACUACCAAGAAAUUGUAUGUAUCUUAUUUGCAUUCAUUUUAUUUGAAUGAUGUAUGCUCUAUAUAUCUAAAAAUGCUAUGUUUAUAGUAUUGCCUUUUUGUUUUAUAAUUGUACCUAAUUAUUUGGUUUAGUUAGUGGACCGUUAUAUUUAUGUAGCAUAGACGUAUUUAUUUACUUCUGCUAAUUUUUCCUGCAAUACUAGUUAAUGUAUAGUAUUUAUCUCAAGUGUAAAAAUGUCUAAGCAUGUUAUUAAAAGUUUGAGGUACUUGAACAAUUUUAUGUAAUAGCAAUUACAAUUGUAAGGAUAAUACAGAAUCUUUCAGCUUGUGAGUUUAUUUUUUUUUUAAAGAAAACAGAGCAAUAAAAAAGACAAUCCUUGCA